AUGGAGCGUCUUGUCCCCGUCUUCGCCCCCACUGCACUGGCCGUCACCAAGCGGAAGGCAGACGACUCUGCCAGCGACGACGAGCGCGCCGGGAAGCGCUCCAAGACCUGGGCUGACACCUCGGUGUCGAGGAAGCGCCCGGCGGCGCAGGAUCUCGACCUCCCGGACCGCAGCAAGCGUCCCCGCCUCGCCCCCGCCAGCGCUGCCAAUGACACCGGCAGCAGCAGCAACAACAACGACACCGACAAGGUGUACGACCUGGCCUUCUGGGCCUUGGUCGAGCACGACUCGGCCGCCUGGGCCCUGACCAAGCCCGAGCCAGCGCACACCCCGCGCGAGCGCGUCGCGGCAUACCGCCGCACCCUCUUCCCCUUCCUGGAGCUGCCGGCCGAGAUCCGGCUCCACAUCUACGAGCUGCUCUUCGACCGCCGCGCGACGGCGAUCGUGUCCCCGAGCGCCAAGCAUGUGAUCGACAGCCGCACGGUCGGGUUCGGCAACACGGGCUGCAUUAUGAUGUCCAUGAUGCUAGCCAACAAAAAGCUUCGCAACGAGGUGGCCGACUUUAUCUACCGCAACAACACGUUCAAGGUCGCGGUCACGCAGGGCCGCGCCUGGAUCAACCUCAUCGGCCGCCCCAAUGCCGCCGCCGUCGAGCACAUCAUCAUCGAGUGCUCCAGCCGCGUCAAGCACGCCAAGACGAACCUGUCCUUCGUGCUCAACACGCUGCGCAAGCGCUGCGGCAUGACGCUCAAGACGCUGACAUUCCGCGUCGGCUGGCCGGUGCUGGGCCUCGACUCGAAGACCUUCAUGGAGUGGCUGGUCAAGUACGAGCCGAUCCGGGCGGCGCUGGGCGGGUUCCGCAAGCUGGAGAAGCUGGAGGUCGACAUGGCCGACCGCGAGCGCUACUUCUACAACACGUUCGGCCAGUGGUACCGCCCCCCGUCGAUGUCGCUCAACCAGUGGGGCUGGCACUUCCAGUGCGAACUGUACUUGGAGCUGGCCGACAUCGUCAUGUGCGAGGUGGUGGCGGCCGAGAUGCGCGUGCGCCGCCCCGGCGGCUGGUGGGAGACGCACCAGUAUCUCUCCGAGCACCACACCGACGACAACCGCGACCCGACGCACCAGAUCUACCACUGGGCGUCCUUCCAGCCAUCCGACCCGCGCCCCAACAAGUCCCAGCUGGCCCGCAAGCGCGAGCGCGAGCGCCAGAGGCGCAAGAAGGCGGCCGAGAAGGUGACUAAGGAUAAGGCGGCCGGCAAGGAAGAGGAGAAUCGGCUGAGGAAGCUGGCCAAGAACCAGCGCAAGCGCGCGGCGAAAAAGCUCAAGUUUGCAAAGGCACGCGCGGAGAAGAAGAUCGCGACCAACAAAGCGCGGGACGAGAGACGGGCGGCGAAGAGGGCGGCAGGAAAGGCCGAGAAGAAGGCGGCCGAGAAGGAUGUCGAGAUGGCCGAUGCCGACGCUGCCGUCGAGGGCAAGGGCAAGGAGGAGGUGGUGGUCCAUGUCGAGAUGGCCGAUGUCGAGAUGGCCGAUGUCGAGAUGGCCGAUGUCGAGAUGGCUAAUAUCGAGAUGGCCGGUGUCAACGCAACCGCCCCUGCCGCACCUACCGCCGAGGGCAAGAAGAAGGAGAACAAGAACGUUGAGACGGCGGCCUGA